AUGUCGACCUCUACUACACACGAGAAUCGGCUGGCAACGCUGCGGAAACGCCACCAAACUACAUCGGCAGAGAAAACAAUGUCGGCCUGCGCCGGUGCCAUAGUCACCAUGAUGUUUAUGAAUCCUUUGGACGUGGUGAAAACUCGCAUGCAGGAAAACGUAAGCACAAGUGCAUUAAUGCGCUCGAGAGGCACCAUGAGUGGUUUAUCCAUGAUUGUUCGAGAACAAGGUCUCCUGACGUUGUGGCGUGGAUUUACCCCGGGCCUCAGCAUGGCCAUUCCGUCCACCGUCAUUUACUUUGUCGGUUACGAAGCUAUUCGAGAUCAUGUCGAAACCACCAAGCUUGCCAACACGUGGGUCGAAACUUAUGCACCACUGUGGGCAGGCGGGUUGGCUCGAACUGUUGCUGCAUCGGUCGUCUCACCUCUCGAACUAUUCCGCACACGCCUGCAAUCAUCACAAGCAACGCAAGGAUUUCAAGGUGUCUGGCGGGAUAUAAGACAUAUGACACGUCAAGAGGGUAUAUUAACCCUUUGGCGUGGUUUUCUGCCGACGAUGCUGCGCGAUGUACCCUUUUCAGCUAUUUACUGGAUGGGCUAUGAGGAAAUCAAAUACAUGCUUACCUCCAAAGAUACCUAUUUUCCACACUCCAGUUCCGCGUCAAAUUUCCAAACCUCCUUUAUCGCUGGUGCAUCGGCUGGAUCGGUGGCCGCCGUGAUAACCACACCGUUUGAUGUGAUCAAGACCCAACGACAAAUUAGUGGAGCCAAGAUUGGCCAUAUUUUGAAAACCAUUCUCAGCGAAGAAGGCGUACACGGGUUAUUCAGAGGUAUGAUGCGCGGAAUUAAGGGAGAAAAAAGUUGGUCAGUAAAUACUCAUCUUGUGUAUGGUUGUAGGUGUUGUUCCUCGUGUUAUGAAAGUCGCGCCUUCAUGUGCCAUCAUGAUCUCCAGUUACGAAGUGGGCAAACAUCUCUUUGCACGUCAAAAACAAACAGCGCCAAUGUAAAAAAACAUGUAUUUUAGACUACUGUAGAAAUGGAAUACCCCCCAGCCCUCCCCUUUUAGAUACAACAAAAAUUACUCUUUGAUAUAGAACGCAUUUCAUUCCCUUUUGAAGUUCAUUUUUCUAAAUUUUUCUCAUCCUGUGUGCCUGCCUCACUCUACAUUCUGCGCU